CCCCGCCUUUUUGCAAUGUCCAACCUCUUUUCUGGCAUCAACGCUCGUUUCCGAGGCGGGCCUAAAAGCCCAUCCCCAUCACAGAGCUCCCAGGGCCCCCUGCCGCAUCCCUCAUCCGACGUCGCCUCAUCUCCCAAGAUAUCUUCGGCCAGGCUACCUGAGAGAACUCCCUCUUUUCCCGCCUCAGUCUCUUCUCCUCAGCCUGGUGGAAUGGCCCAACCAGACGCAAUGGCUACCGGCGAUGAUGUUAUCAACUCUUACCACCUCCCGCGGCCGCUUCCGCUGUGGCUCAACUCCAACUGUGCAAAGCACAUCGUCAAGGGAAACUUUAUGACCCUGAGCGCACGGCCAAAGACAGUUGAGCAAGGAGAAUGGGUAGCUCACCAGGUUGUCGAGCACUAUCGUAACCUGUGGAAUUUUGUCCAGGUAGUUCACGCAAAGGAGGAGACGGGGAAUACCAUUUGCAAUCCGACUUCUUGUCCUCGAAUGUCUGCUGGAGCAAACCACUCCUUCACUUGGCUCAAUAGCCGACGUGAGCCAGUCGAAUUACCGGCUCAUGAAUACAUGACCCUGAUGCAGCGAUGGAUCGCCGGAAAGGUUGAUGAUACCGCCAUCUUCCCAACCGAUCCUGCUGGCGUCUCUCAUUCUCACAACCCUGCCAUGUCUUCAACUCCGCUGUCUCAGCUCACCAACCCCGGAGAGAGCGACUGGACCGGCAAGCGAUCUGGCUUCCCAGAAAAGUUCAUUGACAUUUGUCAGAUGAUAUUCCGCCAAAUGUUCCGAGUGUAUGCUCAUCUCUACUGGGCACACUUUUCAGAACCCUACUACCACCUCAACUUGGAGAAGCAGCUGAACAGCUGCUUUUCCCACUUUUUGCUAACGGCCACGGCGCUGGACAUGCUGGGCAAGCAGGACCUGGAGCCGAUGCAGCCUCUGAUCGACCUCUGGGCGGCCAACGGGACGUUUCCUCCCGAGUCCAAGGUUUAUGAGUAUGCCAACCUCCAAGCUGGCGAGCGAUUGAUUCAACUUGCAGGCGUUGUUUAGUAAAGGAUUUUCUUUGGCAUUACAUAUGAAGUGGUUUAUUUCUGUCUAGUCUCCGUGUUAUUGUUGAAAGACGGAUAGAAAAGGAUAUGACCUUUACUUUUGGGUACAUGUAGCCACACAAUAAUAGCUGUCUUGAGCGCUGAAGCGAUUAGCACCAACCUUUGAAGGAUUGCACGAGCACGAUAGUCUUAUUUUGUAUUAAAA